AUGCCCCAGCAUGACACUAUAACAGUGACGGCAAUUCGGCAUUUGUUGCGAGGGACAACCUUGUUUGAGCCAGAAAGGAAUGGCGAUGACUUUGAGAGCUCAGUGGAGUUACGGCGGGGCGAUUCCAAGCAAGUCUCUCGCCAGUGGAAUCAACAGGUGCGUGAUGUAGCGGAUGUGAGGCGAUUCGACAAUCUUUUAGCCGAGGAUCGAGCAGUCGGUCAGCACUUCUCCAAAAUACCAGUGGCUAAUGUUGAUUUGCUACUGGUGCUGGAUAGGCCGCGCUUGGAUCCUGUGAUAAUGAAUAGGUUCUUAGUCGAAGGCGAGUCUACUGGAAUACCUCUAGCAGUGGUGCUCAGUAAGGCGGAUCUUGUUACUCAGGAGAUGAAAGAUAGCUGGGAGAAGCAGCUGAUGGAGUCGGGAUAUAAACUAUACAUAUGCAGUGUAGAGACUGGUAUGGGGCUUCAUGAAGAUAAAACAUCAGCUGUUUUUGGCCCAAGUGGAGUCCGAAAAUCGAGCUUGAUCAACUUUCUACGUGGAAAAUCUUGCCUUCCACCAGAUGACAUCCAGGCACUAGACGAAGUCGACAAUGAAGUCAUUCGCGGUCGACACACGAUGCGGCACAUUUCUCUUGCAUCUGCCAUUAUGCUCGCUGACACUCCAGGUAUUUUUUGUCAGCUUCUUCUUAUCGCGAUUGUGAGCAUAGCUGUGGUCUCAGCUUUUACUUCUCAGCUAGACAGGUAAAGGUGACUUACACUUUUUCUUUUCGUCUUUUCUAUUGUCUAGGAUCAAGGCCUGGAUACAAUAGCCGAAGGCUCAAGAUAUCAACGAAGGAAGAGCAAUGCCUUAUUUCAAGUGCCGAUAAAUCCGUACAGGAAAUGGACAGGCUUAUCGACGAGAUUGACUGCAAGUCAUGUCCGCGGGUGGCCUACGGGAGUUUAGCCUCACACGAGCAGCAAAGCAGCAGCAACAUCAACCUGACAACGCCGCUGAACCCCCCGUGUCUGGACAAGGGCAUGUCUCUCCACUCUCGUCAGGGUGGUCGCAGAGCAUUCGGUUGGCUUGGUCGUGCUGAUGAUCUGGAAGCACAGGCUUGACAGGCACUGCAAGGCUUGCCUCAAAAGUAUACAUACAAGGAGCUGGCGAGUGGGAACCUCGCUUCGAGUAAAGAACGGAUGCUUCAGAGGCGUAUUGGAUGUUAGAAACUUGGACAGCCUUUUUUUGGGAGAAGCUUGCGAAUUCUCCAGAGCUACCUGUAAAACAAAAACUCAGCACGAGGUCUCGAUC